AUGGAGGCAUUUAAAGCAUCGGUAGUAACUAUCUCGGAUACCUCCCUUGCUCAUCCUUCGCUGGAUGGUUCAGGUGCAAUUCUCGUCGACCAGCUGUCGAUCAUCGGCUUGACUUGUAUAUCGCGACAUUAUGUUGGCGAUCAAGUUUGCAAGAUUCGAAGUACUGUUCAGUUGCUAUUUGAAUUGGAGGGUGUUGAUCUUGUUGUUACUACGGGUGGUACUGGGUUUGGUGUUAGAGAUGUGACACCGGAAGCUUUGGAACCUCUUAUUUCUCGUAAAACUCCUGCUCUUACUCAUGCCAUAACAGCCUACUCGUUGAAUAAGACCCCACUUGCAGCGCUCAGCAGGAGCGUGACCGGUAUAUGCAAGGCGAAUGGGAGAGAAGGAUUGCUAGUUGCCCUUCCUGGCUCUCCGAAGGCAGUGAAAGAAUGCUUGGAGGUGCUGUUGGGCAAUGGAUUGUUGCUUCAUGCAUUGCAACUCUUGAGUGGCGCAAGUGGGGAGGCGAGGCAUAGAGAGAUGCAAGGCGAUCGACAUCGAAAUGCAAAUGUGCAUACCACUACUCAUACUACUUGUUCCCAUCACCAUCACGAAGGAGGAGAGGGAAUUCACUCUCAUCAAGCACCAAAACAACGUACUACACCUGCAGAUGAUUCCGGAUUCCGCACCAUUCAUCCCACUGGAGGUGCAUCUCUACGACACCGCACCUCGCCAUAUCCACUCUUACAAUUGGACCAAGCACUCCGACUUAUCGCAGAGCACACUCCGAAGGCCGAAGCGAUAGUGACUAUGCCCGUUAGCACAGCUUUGAUCGGACAUGUAUUAGCACAAGACGUACCUGCAAUGACCGACAUACCUCCUCGUCCGACGACGAAUGUUGAUGGAUAUGCGCUUAACUCAGCCACCACUCCACCGGGACAUUAUCGCGUGGCAACGUUCAAGUCGCUUCACUCUCUCUCUCGCUGUUUGCAACAAGAUGAGAUCUUCCGAAUCAAUACUGGUCAAGGUCUACCUCAAGGCACCGAUGCUGUAGUUAUGGUAGAAGAUACCGAGCUUAUUCAUGCUGUAGAUGGAGAAGAGCUUACAGUGCAAGUCCUUGCGAAAGUUGAGCCAGGCGAGAAUGUUAGACAGAGGGGUAGCGAUGUCAAAGUAGGUCAGGUGGUGCUUGGUAAAGGCACAACCAUUUCUGCACUUGGCGGAGAAAUUGGUACACUUGCCUUCCUGGGUCGUUCUUCUGUUUCCGUAUAUCGCAAACCCAAAGUUGCCAUUCUUAGUACUGGGAAUGAACUUCAAGAUGGCUCAGCCCAGAAUUGGCAAAUGCAAAAGGGGGAGCCGUGGGGGUUUACUCUCUUUGAUGCCAACAGACCUGGUUUACAUGCAGCAAUCACCGGGCUAGGCUUCCAGGUGAUUGAUCUCGGUAUUGUCGGCGACGAUAUAAGUACGACUUUGACAGCGCUAAGAAGAGGUAUGGAAGAGGCAGAUCUAGUGCUUACUACAGGAGGAACAAGUAUGGGUGAGUCGGACUUGUUGAAGCCCUUGAUCGAAAGGGAAUUGCAAGGGAAAAUACAUUUCGGCAGAGUAGCUAUGAAGCCUGGCAAACCAACGACAUUCGCAACCAUCAAGAGAGCAAAGCAAACCAAAGUCAUAUUCGCUCUACCAGGUAACCCAGCAUCAGCACUGGUAACCUUCUACAUCUUGGUUCUUCCAUCGCUUCGAAAACUUGCUGGCUACCCGGCUCACUCUUCUCCAUCAAGCCAAAGGGCCAACCCUUGGAGCCUGGCCUCAAUACCUGUGACUCUAGCGUGCGAGAUGCGCCUUGACCCACGUCCAGAAUUCCAUCGAGUCAUUCUACGGUCUGAAUCCAGCCAAGGUUUGGUAGCCUAUAGUACUGGAAAUCAACGUAGUUCCGCAAUGCACAGUAUGGCUUCAGCCAACGCGCUUAUUGCCCUACCUCCCUUACAAAACGGUGAGAUGAAGAGCACGUUGCAAGCUGGCGAGAAGGCUUCGGCUAUCUUACUUGGUUCACUUGUAUAA